CUGACUUGAGUGCAACGAAAACUUUUCUUUUACUUUAUUAUUUUUGUUUCCAUUUCCAUAAUUUAUAAAAGCUGUUGAGUUAUGCGUGGUGUGAAAGCAAUCAAACGUGAUGGACGGUGCCGAUAAGUGCGCAGUCUUCACUGUCGCAGAUCAACAAAAGGAGGCUGGACUUUGGUGUGGAUGUAGAGACUUUUAGAUUAGAGGAUAGAAGGUUCGAGCGACCUGGUAGCAUUAGCUCCAUGGAAGACGAGGAAUUGGUCGGCAAGAGACGGCGGCGGCUUCUCGAUGACGACCGACGAGACGAGUUAGACUACCACCGCCGUACUCUACCGCAUCGCCCGCUCCCCUCCCGGCAUGACGAAGACGACGAAUCACUCAUACGAAAGACCCAAGCCGCCCUCAAAACACUCUCCGGCAGUUGGUCUAGAGAACAAUCCUCUGGCCAAAGUGCCGAUGAAAACGACGACGCCAACGGCUUCGAAAACCUUUUUGGUGAUAAACGAUCCGACAAAAUGCUACCGUCUUCCCCGUCCCCGUCUUCCGAAAGUGCAGAUGCUUCCCAAAAAAGUUUCAGCCGUCACCAUUCCGACGACCAAAAUAUUAACGGCACCAGUGAAAAUGAGGAACAUUCGAGAAAGUCACACAGAUCGGACAGAGAAAGAAGUAUAGAAGACGCGAGACAUAAUAAUUAUUCUAACAAUUAUGAUGCCCCUGGUUUCGAUGAGCUCGUCGAUUCGUCUUCCAAUGAACUAGAGAUAGAUAUGUCGGACCGACAUGAUGACAAAUAUGAUGACGAUAGAGAAAAUAAACACAAGCGUAAGAGUGAAAUAGUUUCUGUCAACAAGCAAUCUCUUUACAACGCGUAUAAAGCUGCUACGGCAGCAUUACCAUAUUCAACACAAUCUGCGUUCAAGCCACCGGCGGAGGUGAAGCAUAGAAUCCACGGAGUGACACUUCCAAGCGAACCGUUCGGGGGUUAUUCCAAUGACCACGAGAAGAGUUCUAUCCACAAAGGUUCGAAGCAGUACACAGUGCUCCAGCCAGCAGGCUUGGGGUCACGCGCUGCCACCGCGCUGCAGGAGGCGCGCGCGGUGCCCUUGGCGCAGCCGGCGCGCGACUCGCGCCCUCUCUCCGCGCUCUCCCCGCCGGUCCUCAGAGAAGGCAACAAGUGUCCUACUCCCGGCUGCAAUGGGCAGGGCCACGUCACCGGCCUCUAUACUCACCAUCGGAGUCUGUCAGGAUGCCCAAGAAAGGAUAAAGUCACACCUGAGAUAUUGGCGUUGCACGAGACAAUAUUGAAGUGCCCCACGCCGGGGUGCAACGGUCGCGGUCACGUGAGCUCCAACCGCAGCACGCACCGCUCGCUGUCUGGCUGCCCUACUGCCGCAGCACGCAAGGCAGCUGCAAGGUCACAACGCGCAAGACCCACAGUCCCCAUCCAACCUCCGACGGCCACAACUGCCGAGAGCGUGGCUGUAAACGUCGUGAGCACGCAGCGAGAACGUGAAGCGGCGUCGCCGCGGAGUCCUGCGGUGAAGCGAGAAGCGCCCGAACUGCUGGUGCCAAAGCGAGAGGCCGCCGAGCCCGAGCGCGACUCUCCCGCAAUGGAGACGCGCCACGCCGGCUACGGCGCGCCGCCUGACCAACGCUCCCCAUACGACAGACCUCCGGACGACCACGUCCGAUCAUAUAGUCAAAUGAAUGAGACCCGUUACGGGUACGAAAGCCGGUGCUAUGAGGGUGCACCCGCGUUCGAGCGGUAUGACCCGGCGCAAUGUCCACAGCGGCCGUACGGCUGGGAGGACGAGAGGUACCACGAGCCACACUUACCCACGCCGAUGAAAACCGACCAAUCCGAAGAGACUAGCUCCGGCCCCAUUUACCCUAGACCAAUGUACCACUACGAAACGAGUAGCGGAGUAGGUGGCGUGGGCGGCGUCGGGGCGAUGGGUCCGGGAGUUCCGCCCGGCUUCUCGGCAAUCAACUUGUCCGUGAAGAUCGCGGCGGCGCAGGCGCAGCGGCCAAGGAGUCCAACCCCACGGGACCCGAGAGACCCACGCCCGGCCAUCGACCUCUCAACGUCUAGUGGGAGUCCACAGGGUCCAUACGCGUCUCCGGUGUACACGAGCGCCGGGGGCGGCAGCGGAGGCGCGCGCGGCAGCCCCCAGCCCGGCGCCUCGCCGCAGCUCACGGCCAGCCCACAGGUGCCCAGCCCACAGGGGCAGACCCUCGACCUUAGCGUGUCCCGUUUACCACAUAGUCGCGGAUUUCCCGGUGGAGUUUCGUACAGUCGAGAAUCAACACCAGAUAGUGGCGGCAGCCAUCCCUACUUAGAAGCAUACCAUAGAGAUACAGCUGGGUACGGCGGAGUGAGUCCCCAUCCCGUAGCCGGGUACGGUCUCGCGCAACCCGACUACGCAGCGGCGGCGGCGGCGGCCGGGUACGGCGGCUACCAGUACCAGUGCGGCGCGUACCCGCCCCCGCCCGCGUACCCGCCCCAUGCACCGCCCUACUCGCCGCCCUGCUACAUGCCGCCGCCGCACGCACCGCACGACAAGCCUAAAGAUAGCAGCCUGUCGGGAUGCCCGCGCGCGGACCGCUCGCAGCUGCAGCCGCACUCGCAGGAGCUUAAGUGCCCCACGCCCGGCUGUGACGGCUCUGGCCACGUCACAGGCAACUACUCCUCGCACCGGUCGCUCUCCGGCUGCCCGAGGGCCAACAAGCCCAAGAGCAAGCCCAGAGACGGACAGGACUCCGAACCCCUCAGUGCCUCUGGCUGCCCGAUUGCGAACCGCAACAAGAUGCGCGUAUUGGAAAGCGGGGGAACAGUUGAGCAGCACAAAGCAGCAGUGGCUGCUGCCGCGUCGGCCAUCAAGUUUGAUGGCGUGAAUUGCCCCACACCCGGCUGCGACGGCUCGGGACACCUCAACGGAUCUUUUUUAACCCACCGUUCCUUGUCCGGCUGCCCUAUAGCGGGUGCUGCGACGCCCACGCCACAACCGAAGAAACCUAAAUACCCUGACGACAUAACACCGCUAUAUCCUAAACCAUAUUCUGGGAUGGAUAUGAACAUGCAAACUGGUAACGGGGAAGACCUAAUGACUUUGGAACAAGAAAUCACGGAGUUGCAGCGGGAGAAUGCACGCGUGGAGUCACAGAUGAUGCGCCUCAAGUCUGACAUCAAUGCAAUGGAGACGCACCUUAGCCACGGGGAAAGGGAGAACCAGCUGAUAUCGCAGCGCAACAACAACCUGAAUGAGUACUACGAGAGCUUGCGCAACAACGUGAUCACGCUGCUGGAGCACGUGCGGAUCCCGGGCGGCGGCGGCGCGGCGGCGGGCGCGGGCGGCGGGCCGGGAGCGGCGCCAGCGCCCGCGCCGCCGCCGCCCGGCGAGAAGCCCGCGCACGACAACUUCGAUUCCUACCUCACCAAGCUGCAGACCCUCUGCUCCCCCGACGGCUACUGCCCCGACGAGAACCGACCCAUCUACGAAACCGUCAAAAACGCGCUCCAAGACUUCACAGUGCUGCCCACGCCCAUUUAAGGUUCACAGAGCGCCGCCGAGCCCGAGCGGCACUGAGCCCGACGACGACCACGCUCGGCUCGGCUCGGCUCGGCGGGGCUUCCGCUCCCCAUUCCAAACCAAAGACUACAAAGUGAAUUAACAGCCCGACUGUACAGUGCGGCAGACGUGUUUGAUGUGUUCUAAUAAUAAUAAUUAACGAUAAUUAUGUCUGUUUCGUGAACCGUUGUAUACGAUGUUUUGACUUUUGUUGUGACGCCACGCAGGCCGGCGACAGACUAUUCGGCGUACGUUUACAUUAUUAUGUGAGACGGACUGGAGUAAUUAGGACACAUAAAUAAAUUUUUAAACGCUGUUACCCGUAUGCUUAAAAUUAAACCUAAUCGUUAGGGGUGAAGUUUAUACUAAUGUAUGUACGUAAGUAAGCGGUUUUUAGCCCCACGGACGCAUGUUUUUUGUGUAAAUAUUGUAUCUACUCUGCGAUUGAUCGAGUAUGUCCACGUCUGGCCACGGAUGGAGUGAUCAGUUUUUUGCGAAUUUCUGAACCGCACCCAGAGCUGUAUCGAUCGAUUACCUACGUUAUACUAUAUAGUGCAUAAGUGAAACCUGUUACUGUCUAAGUUCUUAACACUGGGAAUGUGCCAAAUGCUUCUGACUCACAGCAGCUCCCAUUCGCUGAUAUAUUAAGACUAAAAAAUAAUGUCAUAGAAUUAAUAAACGAUGUAAACAAAAUUAAAUUCCUUAUAGGGAACUCUAGUCAGUUUUUGUAAAUAAUUGUGAAUAAAAUAGUUGUCACGUCAUAGGGACGUUUUUAUUUGUAUUAGGGAAUAACGAGAUCUCAUUAGAUCGAGUAAGUUAAUGAUUCACUCAUAAAUUGAUAACCAAUUUUAGAGAAUAAAAUUGAUACCUUCUUUGUUAGCCAAUGUUCACUUUGCUGUGAUUAUGUUACGUGUUAAUUAUUUAUUGUUAUAUUUAUGGAUUGUGAUAACUUACUUAAAUCGGGUUAAUGUUAUUUUGCAAUACUUUACGUUAUGAGCUUUGCACACGUGAUAUCAUUAUGUUGGAAAUCGUAAUUUAUGUUAAUCUAAUAAUCUCAAUUCAUUCCAUUAGUUGAACCACAUUGGUUGAUACCUACACAAAUCAAUAACGUAUUCACAUUUAAAGUGCUAAAUCCUUUUAAUAUGUUACUACUCUGAUUGUCAUAUACGUUUCUGUAAAAUAUUGAGUAUGUGUUGUUAAAGAGAAUUAAAAUAAUAAAUACCGAUA